AUGUGGCACAGAAACUAUAUUAUCUAUAAAUUAAUGCUCUCUUACUAAUUACAAUCAAAUUGUUUUCAAAACCAUCCGAUUAGAGCCCCAUAUUAAAUCAUUCUUUCAUUUAAUUUUUGGAGGUAAUACAUCCAUAAUAAUAAUAGAAUUGAUUAUUGGAAUUAUGAUGACUUUUAUGUUUACUUGGAUUAUCAUAAAAUGUAUUCAAGUUAAUUUUCUCACACAACAAGUAAUUAAAAUAUUUGUGGAAGUUCAGUCUACAAUGAAGAAAUAUUUCCAAUGUCAAUUACUAUUCCUCAUACAAUACCUGCUAUUACAGUUAUAUUUGGUGUUAAAAAGGGAAUUUGGGGAAUAUCUUAAAUGAUUCUAGAAGCUAAAUUGUGUCCAGAAGAUUGCUAAUCUUGCAGUGAAAAUUAAUGUUUUGAUUAAUACCUCUAUUUUUUUACUUUGAAUUGGGAAAAUGUUGUUAAUUCCUCUGAAGGCUGGUUGACAAAUAAUGUAAUUCAAACUUCAGUUAUCACAUACCUUUGUAAAAAUUAUUUUUAUGUUAGAGGCUCGUUAUCUUGAAACAUAUGGAAAUCAUUUAAUAAAUGAAAUAAAGUUAAACCAACAUUAAGCAAUUAGUUUAUAAGUAAAAGUAUUAGUCUAUAACUCAAACCCUACAUAAAUUAAUAUUGCAAUUGAUGAUAUCAUAGUAUCAACUAUUUAAUNUAACACACUUUUUGAUUAUCGAUAUUUAUAUCAAAUAUUCUUCUUUCUUUAAUUUUGUUUUUUUUUAAUUCUUUUUUAUUCAUUUAUACUAUAAGAUUGA